AUGAUGACAAUGCCGGUGAAAUCGAUCACUGGAGUGGAGAUAUACUUGUCGGAAACCAGAACAUGGAUUCCAAAGCAAACUGGGUGGGCUCAAGAAACUAGGGUGCACCACUAUCAGGCUUUAAAUUCUCUCUUUAUGAAUGGCACUCUGCAUUUGAUCACUAAAGAUUCUUCUAUCGUCACGGUGGACACGGGUGGCAAGACUUGGCGGAAAAUCUCGAGGGCAUACCCUGGUUGGGAAUGUAUUGGGCAGUCUCGGAGAUGCUUGCAUGUUGUGGACAUAGAUCACUAUAAUGAUGAUGGAUUCCUACUCUCAGUUUGGGUUCUUGAGGAUGCUAGUGGAAAUUGGACUCUAAAGCACACUGUAAAUCUUUCAGAACUGAUAGGAAUGCAUGUUCACAAAUUUGAUGAGCCCUAUAGAGUUAUCGGUAUCCAUCCGGACUGUGAUUUGAUUUUCUUGGUAGACAUGGAACAUGAGAAAUUUAUCUUGUACGAUAUGGAUAGCCGGAAGGUACACGUUCUCUACGGCGGUAUAGGAUACCACUGGCAACCGUAUCGUCUUUACACUCCCUGCUUUGCUGAAUGGUUAUCAGAUGGUAACUGA